GUGUGUGUGUAGUGUACGGCGUCUGGGGAAGGGGUGGCAGGGUUUCAGAAGCCCGCCCAUUUCUCGGAGCUCAGCCAUCGGGAGCUGGGCGCCCUGGCUGCGGAGACUGGCAGGAGAGCCAGCAGCUGUCCUGUGGCCAGCGCGCCUGAAGAGGUACCAGGGCAUAAGAGCCUGUGCCUCUGGAAUGAUUGGAGCUGGGAGGCGGGGGAAGCGAUCUGAAACCUCGUGGCCGCUUGGGUCUAUGCAGAGUUGGACCUGGGGUUAUCCUAGAACCAACAACAGUGGCGGCUCGGUUCUGUGGGUCCGGGAGCAGCGGGUGCUCUUGCUGGAUAGACCGCGGCGGGCGGGGCUCGCCUUCCGGAGCGUGGCUGGCGGGCGGUGCCGGGGAAGGGGCCGUUACUUUCCCAGAGUGGCGGGGAGGGCGACGUCAGGCGGAAGGGCGCGGGGCGCGCACGCUUUAAAUGGCAUUCGCUGUCAUCCGAGCUUGCAGCCGUGUGGGCAGAGGCGGGCUAUAUAAGCGGCUGGGCGGGCUGCCGCGGGGCACACGGCGACAGAGACAGCGGCGGCAGGGAGCCUCUCUGAGCACCACCGAGCAGCGCAGCUUAGCCCCGCGUCCCCCGACGGGCCCGCCCGCCCGCUAUCCCUCUCCAGCAGUGCCGGCUCGGGCCAGCGAGGCCCGCCGCCACCCCGCAGCAGAUUUGGAUCCCCUGCCCGGAGAGCCCCAGGCUGUCGCCUCCCGGGGGACCCCGGAGCCGCGGCCGCCCCCGGAGAGCCCGGGCGCCCAGCCGCCCCCCGGCCCCGCAGCCGCCGACGGCGCCAUGGCGGCCGCCAAGCCCGGCGAGCUCAUGGGCAUCUCUUCUAGCUACCAAGCGGUGAUGCCACACUUCGUGUGCCUGGCCGAUGAGUUCCCGCAGCCGGUGCGGCCCGCCAAGCUGCCCAAGGGCAAGGGCCGGCUGCGGCGACCGCGCCAGUCCCGCUUCAAGACGCAGCCGGUGACCUUCGACGAGAUCCAGGAGGUGGAGGAGGAGGGGGUGUCCCCGAUGGAGGAGGAAAAGGCCAAGAAGUCGUUCCUGCAGAGCUUGGAGUGCCUGCGCCGCAGCACGCAGAGCCUGUCGCUGCAGAGGGAGCCGCUCGGUAGCUGCAAACUGAGGAACAGCCUGGACUCCAGCGACUCCGACUCGGCCCUGUGAGGCGGUAGCCUACUUGGGGACUUGCUCCGCCGCCAAGCGCCGAGCAACAGCGGAAGCAUCCGGAGGGGACCCGCGUCCCAGGCGGCCACGACUACCCGGGAUGAGCUCCCCUCCCUCGCUGGGACUGUAGCCCGGUUGCGGAUCCGCCGGGGCCCCGGAGCGCGUCCGGGGACGCCAGGGAGGGGAAGCCGCUUUCUUUGCCCUUGUAAAUGUUUAUUUUUUAACUCUUUCCCAGUACGAACUCUGCCGUGAGUGUGCGCGGGAGGCGGCCCGCGCUGAGUCGGCUCGCCCGGGGUCGCCGCUGCAAAGGCCUUUGGCUCGCAACUCCGAUUCUGCACACCGCUCCACUGUGCCCCACCCCCAGCGCACACCCGUUCACACUCACGCCGACACUCUCACUGAACACUUUUAUAAUUGUUGAGCUGACCGAGGGGACUUGGGGCGCUGCGCGGCUGCAGCUGCAGCCGAGGAUUGAUAUUUAUUUUUGCAUUGCAAUCGCUGAAGGCGUUUUAUUUAAUGGUCUUUUUACCUGGAUGUGGUCUGUGAGGCGUCCGAAUGGACACAAAUAAAGCCAAUAUAUUUACACUGUG